AUGGAGAACAUAUCUAUCUCGAACACCCGAAGUGUAUUUCCGGUGGUGUGUAACGACUCCAUGGACUACUAUUAUCUGAGCGCGACUAACCGGACAGAUCUGAACUGCACGCCCCAGUCCGAAUUCUACUUUUACGCGGACCUCUACGUAGUCCUGCCGGUGAUAUAUUCGGUAAUAUGCGCCGUGGGGUUAACGGGGAACACGGCCGUUAUCUACGUCAUCCUCAAAGCUCCCAAAAUGAAGACGGUGACCAAUAUGUUUAUCCUAAACUUGGCGAUAGCCGACGACCUGUUUACCCUGGUCCUACCCAUCAACAUCGCCGAACACCUGCUCCACUACUGGCCCUUUGGAGAGGUGCUGUGUAAGAUCAUCCUGAGCAUAGAUCACUACAACAUCUUCUCCAGUAUCUAUUUCCUAACGGUCAUGAGUGUGGACCGGUAUCUGGUCGUCCUGGCGACGGUGCGUUCCAAGCGUAUGCCCUACCGCACCUACCGCGCUGCCAAGAUAGUCAGCCUGUGCGUCUGGAUCCUCGUGAUUCUCAUCGUGAUGCCGUUCACCGUAUUCGCCGGGGUGUACAUCAGUCCCGACGACUUGGACCGGAAAAGCUGCGUCCUCAGCUUCCCCAGCCCGGAGAGUUUGUGGUUCAAGGCGAGCCGGAUUUACACCCUGAUCCUCGGCUUCGCCAUCCCGGUGUCCACCAUCUGUAUUCUCUACACCAUGAUGCUGUACAAGCUGCGGAACAUGCGCCUCAACUCCAACGCGAAGGCUCUGGACAAGGCUAAAAAGAAAGUGACUAUUAUGGUGUUUAUAGUCCUAGCGGUGUGUCUGUUCUGUUGGACGGGGUUUCAUCUCAGCACCGUAGUGGCUCUCACCACCGACCUGAGGACCACUCCGCUGCUCAUCGGGUUAUCCUACUUCAUCACCAGCCUCAGCUACGCCAACUCUUGUCUGAACCCUUUUCUUUACGCCUUCCUGGAUGACAGCUUCAGGAAAGCGUUCAAGAAGAUGCUAGAAUGUAGACGGGCGGGAAUGCAGUAG